AUGGCUGAUUCAGUUAAAGCUUUACAAGUUCCAGACAUUGCUUCUUUGUCAAUCUCUUCCAUGUCCGACUACCACGCCAAUGCCUUCCCAGGUAAGGACGCUCAACGUGAACAAGUUGUCGAUUUGCUAGAUCAACAAGGCUUCAUUCCAGAUGACUUGAUCGAACAAGAAGUCGAAUGGUUCUACAACUCUCUAGGAAUUGACGAUCUAUUCUUUUCCAAGGAACAACCAGCUCUAUUGGCCGAUAUUAUCCAUUCCUUAUAUGCCUCUAAGUUGGACUCUUUCGCUAAGUCUGGUCUAAAGAAAUCCGACGCCGCUAAAGCUCUAAACAUUAAGAACAAGAUUAUCACUACUGAUAACCAUGCUAUCUUCAUGGAAUCCACUGGUACUACUUUCUCUUCUUUAAUCGAGACUGCUGGUAAGAACAACACUUCUGGUAAAGCUGACUUCGAUGACUCUUACCCACCAUACCAACUGGAUGCCGAUGUAGAUGACUUGUUUUUGGAUGCUAAGGACAAGAAGACUAUGAGAGUUGUUUCUUACUGGACUCCAGAAAGUGACGUUAAGAUCACUUUCGCUUACGAAAACACUUUCCAAGCUGCCGCCGGUAAAAAGAUCACUCCACAACAAUUGAUCUCUGGUGAUAUCGAUUCCAUCUCUGACGAAUCCAUGGUCGCCAUGACCUCUGUCGAAAACAAGAAGUUGUACGGUACUUUGAUCAACUUAUCUCAAGAAAGAGAAGGUCCAGUUAUCAAGAUCACCAACUCCAGAGAAAACAAGGAUGAAGUUAGAUUCUUGGUUGCUUACAAGAGAGGAACCACCAAGCACUACUACUCUGAAUUGAACUCUUUGUUCCAUUACUACAAGUUGCGUAUCAACAAGUUCUUCGUUGAAAACUUCAAGCUAUGUCCACAAGGUUCCGACAACGAUGACGUUGUUAUCUUCUCCAUUUACUUGAACAAGACUCAACAAUCUAAGGACUUGCUACCACAAGACCUGGACUUGUCCAUUCAACAAAUCGAAAGAGAAGCCUCUUUGUUGUAUACCAUUCCAAACAACAGUUUCGUUCAAUUGUACGAACAACGUCAAUUCUCUCCACAAGAAGCCAUCUACGCUCAUGUUUCCGCCAUCUUCAUCGUUCAUUUCAUUAACAGACUAGGAGACGAUUACAAGAACCUAUUGACUCAAAUCGCUCCAAAGGAAAAUGAUGUCGUCAUGUGGGAAACUAUCGGUAAUUUGAAGAAGAAGUUAAGAAACGAAACUUUCACUCAACAAAUGAUUAUCGAUGUCCUAGAAAAAUACCACAACAUUGUCUCCAAGUUAUACAAGAAUUUCUCUGAAGUCCACUACUGUCGUGACCUAAAUGACAAUAAGAUCGAAAAGACUUUAUCUUACAAGAGACUAUCUAAGUUGGAACCAUUCAAAAACGACCAAGAAUUUGAAGCUUACUUGAACAAGUUCAUUCCAAACGACUCUCCAGAUUUGUUGAUUCUAAAGACUUUGAAUCUAUUCAAUAAGUCUAUCUUGAAGACUAACUUCUUCAUAACCAGAAAGGUCGCUAUUUCUUUCAGAUUGAACCCAGCUAUGAUUAUUCCAAAGGUUGAAUACCCAGAUACCCCAUACGGUAUCUUCUUCGUUGUUGGUAACACUUUCAAGGCCUUCCACAUCAGAUUCAGAGAUAUCGCUCGUGGUGGUAUUAGAAUCGUUUGUUCCAAGACUCAAGAUAUCUACGACAAGAACACCAGAACUGUCAUUGACGAAAAUUACCAAUUGGCUUCUACUCAACAACGUAAGAACAAGGAUAUUCCAGAAGGUGGUUCUAAGGGUGUUAUCUUAUUAAACCCAACAUUGACCACCGAAAAGGACACUUUCAUUGCCUUCACUCAAUACGUUGACUCUAUUAUUGAUAUCUUGAUCAGAGAUCCAUUAAAGGAAAAUUAUGUUGAUUUACUAGGUAAGGAAGAAAUCUUAUUCUUCGGUCCAGAUGAAGGUACUGCUGGUUUCGUUAACUGGGCUACUCUACAUGCUCGUUCUCGUGGUUGUCCAUGGUGGAAGUCAUUCUUGACUGGUAAGUCUCAAUCUCUAGGUGGUAUUCCUCACGAUGAAUAUGGUAUGACCUCUCUAGGUGUUAGAGCUUUCGUCAACAAGAUUUACGAAACCUUGAAUCUAAAGGAUGCUAAGAUUGCUAAAUUCCAAACUGGUGGUCCAGAUGGGGAUUUGGGUUCCAACGAAAUUGAAUUGUCUACUCCAAAUGAAACCUAUGUAGGUCUUCUAGAUGGUUCCGGUGUCUUAUGUGAUCCAAAGGGUCUAGACAAGGAUGAAUUGAUCAGAUUGGCCAAGGGCAGAUCUACUAUUGCUUCUUACGACAAGUCUAAGCUAUCUAAGGAAGGUUUCUUUGUAUCUGUUGACGAUUCAGAUGUUAUGCUACCAAAUGGUGCCAUUGUUGCUAACGGUACUUCUUUCAGAAACACUUUCCACGUCGAGGUAUUCAAGUUUGUUGACCACAUUGACUUAUUUGUCCCAUGUGGUGGUAGACCAAAUUCUAUCACUUUGAACAAUGUCGGUGAAUUCAUUGAUCCAAAGACCAACAAGUCUAGAGUUCCAUACAUUGUUGAAGGUGCUAACUUAUUCAUUGCUCAACCAGCUAAGAUUGAACUAGAAAACCACGGUUGUGUCUUCUUCAAGGAUGCAUCUGCUAAUAAGGGUGGUGUUACCUCCUCUUCUUUCGAAGUUCUAGCCUCUUUGGCUUUGAACGAUGAAGACUUCGUUCACAAGUUCGUCGGCCUAGAAGGUCAAGAUUUAGACAGUGUUAAUGUUGCUGAAUUAACUAAGACUUCUCCAUUAUAUGAUGCAUACGUCCAACAAGUCCAAAAGAGAAUUGUUUACAACGCUGAACAAGAAUUUGCUCAACUAUGGGCCAUCAACCAAAAGACUGGUACUCCAAUUUCCGAAUUGUCUGAUAAACUAUCUGUCACUAUCAAUAAAUUGAACGAUGACUUGGUUGAUUCUGAAGAACUAUGGUUGAACGAUACUAAACUAAGAGACUACUUGUUACUAGAAAAGAUCAUUCCAAAGUUGCUAACUGAUGUUGCCACUCCAUCUAAGAUUCUAGAAAACAUUCCAGACUCUUACCUAAAGGUUUUGAUUUCUUCCUACUUGGCUUCUUCUUUCGUUUACCAAAACGGUAUUGACGUUGAUAUUGGUAAGUUCCUUGCCUUCAUUGGUGAAUUGAGAAGAGAAGCUUACAAGAACUAA